AUGAAUAGUAUAAGUGACGACAGCUAUGAUAACGACGCAGAGAUGGAAGACAUAAAUUCAACAAGAAAUAUGAUAGGUACGCCUACUGAUACACUGCAUCUAUCACACAAUAACUCUCCAGAUAAUGACACUAAUUCACAAUCUUCCUCAAAUUAUGAAAAAUAUUUACGACUUGCAACAGAAAAUAAUCAAUGUAUGAUAUUAGAAUUGGAGCUCAACGGCAAAAUACGAUACAUCACAAAACAACCAUGGGAAAACAUUGUGGGAACAAAGGUACCCGAUAAUAUAGAAGAUUUAAUAGAAGGAACUGAUCAAGAUAGACAAGUUUUCAAAGAAACCACAGACAUGAUGCUGAUUAAUGAUAACACUAGCUACACUGUAACCUUUACAACUAAAAGUACAAAAACAGAAGGGGAAUGGCAAGAUUACAAUGAUAGUCAAGAAGGAUUUAUUAUUUUGGAAGCAUGCGGCAUUUUAAUCCAUGAUAGCAAAACAGAGUUGCCAUCCCAUACUAUGUGGAUCGUUAAACCAUAUCAUCUCGACUGGCAUGCUAAUGAAAUUGAUAAUAUCUUACCAAUCGAAUUUAUAAAGAAGCUUGGAUUUGGUGCAACUAUCUUUGCGGAGUACUUGAAAGGAGUUGAAUAUGAUAUGAUAUUAAAUGAAAACGACUUACCUGUUCCACGAUUAGAACUAUGCCGAGUUUGUGAAUUAUAUGUGCCAGCAUGGUGGUUAGAAACGCAUUCCUAUCUUUGUGUAUGUGAACAUAAAAUUAGAUCUGUAAUCCAAUUACUACAUGACAACUUAGAAGAUAGAUUAGAGAUACUACAGAAUUUUAAAUCGAAAUUUCAGGAUGAAGAUAAAUCACAAAAAGAAGAAAAGGAUAUAAGCUCUCUUGAACUUGAAUAUAACAGUGUUCCAAUAAAAGGCACUAGAUCGAGGGCUUUUUUUGAAACUAUUAUUGAUGAACUUAUUGAUUUAUGCAAUGCGGCCAUUAACAUUAACCCAAGUGAGUAUCAUGAAACGACGGCAAAUGAACUGACAGAACAGGACCAACAAAGAUCUGACUCUGUAUCUUGUAAGAAUAAUAUUAAUUUAUUGUUACUACCUGGCGAAAAGAUGAUGAAAAAUCAGAAUGUCCAUCAAGCAGAAUUCACAUACCAAUUCUCACCCACUUCGAAAACCAAUAUUGAGACUAUCCAAAAUUGGUCCCCAGAUUUUGACUUAACUGCAGAGAACAUUAAGGAUGAAGGCCUCUCAUUAUUGGUAAAUGAGACAAUGGAUAUUAUAAAGAAAAAGGUUGAUGCUAUAAUGAGAUUAGAUAAUGCCAUGACUUAUAACUUAAGAAUAAAAAAUGAGGUUAAUAGUUAUGUUCUACAGAGCGUUAAAGAGCAAGUAGAAAAUAACAAGCUAAAAUUUAAUCACUCAUUGAAUUUACCGCUACAAAAUUCAGAAUUUGCUACCAAUACGGGACAGAAUAGGUAUGAUGCUGAUCAAGAACAGGAAAGCUCACAAAACGAACUUUGUGAUCAAAUCAUAAAGCCACAGCCUAGAUUGUUUACUGCAUCAUAUUUAACAAACAAUGAAAUACCAAUAACUAAGACUGAUAAUAUUUCGGGAAGUAAAGAUGAUAAUAGCAAGCUAUUGAAUAGAUAUGAUAACGUUUACGAAAAUGAUCAGGUAUCACAGAUUAAUAGGAGUUCUGUAUCAGAGAUUAUAGACUAUCCUUCUGAUCCCAAUUUUCAUCGGAGCAUCAGAUCUCGUUCUCUUACACCAAAGCAAAGGUUAGAUUAUUCUGCUGGUCCUGUUUCUAACAUUUUACUUUCAGGUCAGAAUACAUCUACUCUGUCGAGCAGUUCUGGGACACAAUCAGAAUUAGUGACCAAGAAUAAUACUCCAAAUGAAGUCCUGAAAAACAAUAAUCAAAGCAGCACGCCACAUUCAAACUCUAGUGGACCGGUGUUGCUACCAAAAUUAUCAACAAGCAUUUCUCUUACUCCUAGGAGGGGCUCACCUUUACCUUCAACAGUGAACCAUAACCUUAACAACUCUAGGUUAUCAAACGGUGUUAUACAGGGGGCAUCUACAUCUUAUAAUAGAUCACUGAACAUGGAGAAAUCACCAGUCAUUUCUCCAUUUUCAAAUGAAAACUCCUAUAAUCAACAUGAACAUAAUUCAAUUACUAACACACUACAAACAAUAAAUUCACCGACUUUCAACCACUCAAAUUUAUCAGUAAGUAACUCACAUGUUAAUUUAAGCAAUUCUGUUUCCAGCAACCAGCCCUUGUCCCCUCUAUUGCUAGCUACAUCCCAGAUGAAACCUCUGACUCCCAGCAUAAAGGAUUAUGAUAUUAUCAAACCGAUUAGUAAGGGUGCUUACGGAAGUGUAUACUUGGCUCGUAAAAAGCUAACCGGUGAUUAUUUUGCCAUAAAAGUACUUCGCAAGUCUGAUAUGAUUGCUAAAAAUCAAGUAACCAACGUAAAGUCAGAGAGAGCGAUUAUGAUGGUUCAGAGCGAUAAACCUUACGUGGCAAGGUUAUACGCAACGUUCCAAAAUAAAGAUAACUUAUUUUUGGUUAUGGAAUAUCUGCCUGGUGGUGAUUUAGCAACAUUGCUUAAGAUGAUGGGUUGCUUACCUGAUGAAUGGGUUAAACAGUACUUGUCAGAGAUCAUCAUUGGGGUCGAAGAUAUGCAUAAUAAUGGUAUUAUUCACCAUGACCUUAAACCUGAGAAUCUACUUAUCGAUGUGUCAGGGCAUCUCAAACUGACUGAUUUUGGUUUAUCCCGUGCAGGGCUGGUUAAGCGUCAUAGGCAUAUUCCGAAGCCUAUCUCAUUAAGUAAUGCUGAUACUAGAAGCAAUAUUGAUUCACAUCCUACAAGCCAUUUAUCAACUCCUGAAAUUAUAUCUUUAGACCACAGACCCUCUCUCAACUCUGCUGUAAAAAACCGUAAAAGGUCAUCAUUGAAACAAGAUAUCUUGGAGAACAAUCUACAGGCAGUGCUGCUAACAAACGAAUUUUCAGCCGGAUCUGAACAGGAGCGUUUAAAAGAGAGAUUUCAACGAAAUAGCAUGGACUAUACUCCUGAAACUUCUUCCAUGAAACGCAGUGAAUCUCAGCAGUCAUUUUUAGACAUAUCUCGAUCUAGUACUCCACCACCAUAUCAAAAUAUAACAUCAACCCCUAUGAAAUUAAGAACAAAUUCCAUUACCUAUGCUGAAAAUAAUUUCAAUAUAAACGAAGCCAGCAACUCUCCAAGUACAGAUUUGAUACUUUUCAAUCCAGAGGAUUCCAAACAGGACAAGAGGUUUUUUGGAACUCCAGACUAUCUUGCACCAGAAACAAUUGAAGGAACAGGUGAAGAUAACCAAUGUGAUUGGUGGUCAGUGGGAUGUAUAUUGUUUGAGAUGGUUUUUGGAUACCCACCAUUCCAUGCUGAGACACCGGAUCAGGUGUUUAGAAACAUUUUAGAAGGAAAAAUUGAUUGGCCGAUAUUUGAUUCCAUAGAGGAAGAACGGGAAUACAUUUCUCCGGAGGCGAAGGACCUUAUAAUGAAGUUUUUAAUUACUGAUCCACAUAAAAGGUUGGGAUACAAUGGUACAGAAGAGAUAAAAAACCAUCCAUAUUUUAAGGAUGUUAAAUGGGAUCAUGUCUAUGAUGAAACAGCAUCUUACGUUCCAAAUAUUGAAGACCCAGAAGAUACUGACUAUUUUGAUCUCCGUGGAGCUACUCUGCAAGACUUUGGAGAUGACAACGAUGAAGAUGCUGUAUUAGAAUCCGACGGUGAUGCUAUAGAUAUUGGGCAGAACCCUAAUAAAUUUAGCUCCCAUAAAUUAAGUGUGGGAUCUGUGCUGGAAUCUGUUUCUGUAAGCAAUAAGCCAGCUCAUUCAGGGCCAAUGCUGUCACCUUCUAUCCCAAGUCAUCUAAGAGAUAAUUCAAAGCGAACUGGAAAACUUAAUGAUAAACAAACUGAAUUUGGCUCAUUUUAUUUUAGAAACCUUUCUGCUCUGGAUAAGGCAAAUAAAGAUGCGAUAAAUAGAUUAAAGAGUGAACACUUAACUGAAUCUAAAGGGAGGCACCGAAGAACAUCUUCGAGUUCAUUGGUAGGUUACAUUUCAGACAGCUCAUCUAAAAUGAGGGUGUCUAAAUUGGGGGGGAUUGCUACUCCACCAGUUGGAUUUGUUAUAAAUAAAGCCAAUAAACAUGAUACUUUAGGGUUAAGAUCUUAUUCACCCGAAAGAAGUAUUAGCUUGGAAGCAACACCUUCCUCCCAUUUCAACCAUUCUUCCGAAUCUGGAAAGGAUUCAAACUCAAUACAUCAUGGUAAUAUGGGAAGUGACCUUGACUCACCUUCGGGUCUAAAGUUUAAGUCUCCUCUCUCUCCUUCUACACCUUAUUCUAGUUUGAAUACGGCACAAACAACGCCCAAUACAGCCAAAUUUAACAGAUCAAGACUACUUUCUCAUCCCAACUCUCAAAGAACGGUUAGUACACACCGUACAGACUCAGGUGAUCUAUCUAAUGAAGAAGCUGAAAGGCUGCAUGCGGUAUAUCGGGUUAAUUCACUGAAAUAUAGGAGAAAAAGUGGUCGGAAGAGCUCAGGUGUCAAUGAUGUGGGCUACCGUAUGGAUAUUUUGGUGUGCGAACCAAUUCCUAUACAUCGUUACCGUGUUACUAGAGACUUAGAAAGCGUAGGCUGUACAGUUGUUAGUGUUGGUGCUGGUGAUGAGCUUGUUAGCCGUGCAAACAGUGGUGUUAAAUUUGAUUUGAUUGUUACCGCCUUAAAACUUCCAAAACUUGGUGCAAUUGAUAUAGUGAAACUCAUAAAGCAUACAAAUGGUAUUAACUCUAGAACACCAAUAAUUGCGAUAACCAACUUUUAUCAUGAAGCCAUAAGUGCCAAGGUAUUCGAUGAUGUUCUAGAGAAGCCAAUUAUGCUUGAUGAAAUUAGGCAUUUGGUUGCUAAGUAUGCAUUGAAAAAGAGUCAAGAGGAGUCCACUAUAGUUAGUGACAGUGAUGACGCCAUGGUUUACCAAGAAACUUCUAGCUAA